GUACGCACUUGCUGGGCAAAGACGCUCUCUCCUUCCGAUAUAAUCACCAUGGUGCAAGGUUCUUUCAAGCGUCAAGUCGAGGUCGGCCGUGUUGUUCUCGUUAACAACGGUGCUGAUGCCAACAAGUUGGCUGUCAUUGUCGACAUUAUUGAUCACAAGCGCGCCCUCAUUGACGGCCCUACCACUGGUGUCUCUCGUCAGUCUUUGGCUUACGCCCGUCUUACUUUGACCAACUUGGUUGUCAAGGGUCUUCCCCGCAGCGCUGGCCAGGCUACCCUCAAGAAGUACUUGGAGAAGAGCCAGGUCAUUUCCCAGUGGGAGAAGUCUGCCUGGGCCGAGAAGCUCAAGCAGCGUGAGGUCCGUGCUAACUUGACCGACUUUGAGCGUUUCAAGAUUCAAAAGUUGAAGAACAAGCGUGCUUUCGCUGUUGGCUCUGCUGUCUCCAAGGCCAAGAAGUCGGCUUAAAUUCUUUUCUUGUUUUGAACAACAAUAAAAACCACACAUAUUGCUCCAUUAAAUCAAAUCAAAAG